AAAUCUAAGAACUGUUUUGGGAGGCAAACUGUCUGCAACAGCAACCAUUUGAAACGUAGACCAAACAAACCUUUAGGAAACCACAAAUCUUAUCAGGCAAUUUCAAAAAGUACUUAAGUGCGGACAAGCGAGAGAGAGAGAGAGAGAGAGAGAGAGAGGGGGGGAGAAAGAAAACCAUUCACACACACACGUUUAGAUGUAUGUACACGCAACAUGAAAUGUUAUUUUAAAACUAAUGAAGCAUAAACCAUUCAAAGAUUAGGAUAAACAUUCAGAGAUUUAUUGGUGGACCGCAAGAAAAGAUAUUAGUGGCCGAUUAAAACGCACACACCCACUCUCGCCAACCAACUCCCCCUCCUUUCAUUCCGCAAAAGCCAAAAGAGCAACAAUUCGUUACAACAAACAUCAACACAAACUAUGAAGCGGAAAAAAGACUCGCUGGAGAAGCGUUUGGAAAUCAACAUUUUGUGUAAAAAGCGAAUUCGUUACAUGCUUUGGCUGGAUGGCCAAUGAGUGCGGCGAAGGUGUAACUCGAGAGCAAUAAAGAAAGGAAUCCCAGAACCACUACUAACUUGGCUGCAAACAUAUAUAUCACGUCCCCCUCUUUGGCUGGGAAAUAAUUGGAAACCUUUAAUGCACAGCAGCUGUGCAAAUUAUUUCCUAAUUUCUUGGAAGCGAAACUAAGACGAUAUCCAACCCUCCUCAUCUGCUACUGAACACAAAACUAUUAACGCGCAUUUCCCCCCACCCCCUCGGGCAAACAUCAAUCUUGUUCCAGUCGUGCAGCACGUAAUGAAGACACUCUUACGCUCAUUAGCGUUGUUAUAUUCAUCGUCGUCCUCCUCGUCGUUGUCGCCGUCUUUCACGUCCACGUUCUCGCCAGCAUCGUCAUCGCCAUUCGCUGUUAAUAAAUUCUUGAUUCUUGUUGCAUUUUUAAUUUUCUACUCCACAUCCGGUGGCCAACGUUUGGUGGGGGCAGAAACUUUUACUUUGGGCUAUUUAACGGGUUCCCAGAGAACGCCGGGAAAUUUGGAUUACCAAAGACCAGGCAUUACCAUCUCCGGAGCCAUUAGCCUGGCGGUCAAAGAAGUCAAUGAGGGCGAAUUGAAAUCGUUGGGCCAUGAAUUGGAUUUCUUAGUAGCCGAAACGUAUGGCGAUGAGGUCAACAGUAUACGCCAAACAGCAGCCUUGUGGACCAAACAAAUAGUUGGCUACAUUGGACCCCAGGAGACCUGUGUCCAUGAGGGCCGCAUGGCCGCUGCCUUCAAUUUACCCAUGAUAUCUUAUUAUUGCACACACCGUGACACCUCCAAUAAACAUGAUUUUCCCACAUUUGCCCGUACCCGUCCACCGGACACACAAAUCUCCAAGUCGGUUGUGUCACUUUUGAUGGCUUUUAACUGGACCCAGGUAACUUUUUUGUAUCUUGACCAUCCGGAUAGUUUGUAUCAACCUGUGGCCGAUACCAUCUUGAGUAUUUUAAAGAGUGCUGCCAUUACUGUACGUGACGUCAGGACAUGGAAGACCAUCUAUCAUCAUGGUUUUAUGGCAAAUCCUUUUGUGGACUUGGUCGAGCAGACUUAUACAAAUACGCGCAUUUAUCUUAUAUUGGGUCAUUAUUACGAACAUGUGGGCUUAAUGGUGGCCCUUCAUGGCAAAGGUCUGCUCGACGAGGGUGAGUAUUUUGUCCUGGGAGUCGAUAUUGAGCAGUAUGACCCCUCCAAGCCGGAUAAAUAUUUACGCGGCCUUUUAUUGGAGAAAACCGAUGCCCGAGCGGAAAUGGCCUUUCAGUCGUAUUUGGGCAUCCUACCAACAGCGCCCAUUAAAUUUGCCGAAUUCGCCAAGGAGGUUAACAAAUACAUGGAACUGCCACCAUUUAAUUUUCCCAAUCCAUUGGGUCUAUUUGGAGGUGCCAAACAGAUAAGUGCUGAAGCGGCAUAUCUUUACGAUGCCGUACACUUGUAUGCCAAGGCUCUGAUUAAAGUCUUACGCCAGGGUGAUAGGCCAAGAAAUGGUACGGCCAUAAUCGAGGCUAUCAAGGGCUCCAAAUAUCGCAGUGCAAUGGGCUAUCACGUCUACAUCGAUGAAAAUGGAGAUGCUGCCGGCAAUUAUACAGUAUUAGCUCGUGGCUUGGCACGCAAUCAUAAAAAUAAAACAGUUCCUGGUCUGAUACCGGUCGGUACCUUUAGUCAGACGCAAAGUGAUAAAUUGCCUGAUCUCAAUUUGUAUGGCAAAAUAGAAUGGGUGGGCGCUGGUCGUCCGGCAGCAGAACCCAAAUGCGGUUUUGCCAAUGAAAAGUGUAUAAGUUAUACCGGUGAAAUAUCAGCUGGCAUUGCUGGAGGAGCCUUACUUCUGCUGGGCAUUGUCUCAUUGGUUCUCUAUCGCAAUUGGCGUUAUGAGCAAGAAUUGGAUAGUUUAUUGUGGAAAAUUGACUUUCGUGAAGUUCAAAUGCAUGAAAAUGAAAAGGAAUCCAAUGCCCAGAAGCAGACGAGGUCAACCCAUCCUCUAAUUCGCACUAGUCAAGUCAGUUUAAGUUCAAAUCCCGAUGCCGAUUUUCGUUAUACAACCAUUUUUACUCCCAUCGGGCUGUACAAGGGCCAAUUGUAUGCCAUUAAGAAAGUGCGCAAGAAAUGUGUAGAUAUUUCGCGGGAAAUGAAAAAGGAAUUGAAAUUGCUGCGCGAUGCCCGCCAUGACAACAUUUGUGCUUUUAUUGGAGCCUGCACAGAUCCUCCCAACAUUUGUAUCAUAACCGAAUACUGCACCAGGGGUAGCCUUAAGGACAUUUUGGAGAACGAGGACGUCAAGCUGGACAACAUGUUUAUCGCGUCCAUGGUAGCCGAUAUAAUACGUGGUGUCAUUUAUUUACAUGAAUCGCCCAUACGUUUCCAUGGGUCUUUGUGCACUUCCAAUUUGUUGAUUGACUCACGCUGGGUGGUUAAAUUGAGCGACUUUGGUUUGUUUGCUUUCAAGAAAGGCAUCGAGGACAAUUCGACAGAUGUGGUGUCAAUGGCUGCCAAAUGCACAAAAUUACUUUAUCGGGCUCCGGAAUUAUUGCGGCAAGGUCCAGCUUCUUUGGUGAUGGGUACACAAAAAGGUGAUUCAUAUUCGUUUGCCAUUGUGCUCUAUGAAUUGCACACACGCCAUGGACCCUUUGGGGAAACGGGCCUAACACCAAUGCAGUGUCUGCAGAAGGUACUGCAAGUACAGGACAACCUCUAUCCCUAUCGGCCCUCCCUGCAGCCCUUGGAAACAUCUUUUGAUUGUGUUCGAGAAAUCCUCAACGAAUGCUGGGCUGAGCGGCCUGAAGAUCGUCCCGACUUUAAGACAAUACGUGCCAAAUUGAGACCCCUGCGCAAGGGCAUGAAACCCAACAUCUUCGACAAUAUGAUGGCAAUGAUGGAGAAGUAUGCCAAUAACCUAGAGGCUUUGGUCGAUGAGCGUACCGAUCAAUUACAGGAAGAAAAAAAGAAGACUGAUGCUUUGCUUUUGGAAAUGCUGCCGCGGCCAGUGGCGGAGCAAUUGAAAAAGGGUCAUAAGGUUGAUCCGGAGAGCUAUGAACAGGUUUCCAUAUAUUUUAGUGAUAUUGUGGGCUUCACGUCGAUGUCGGCGGAGAGUACACCGCUACAAGUUGUGGACUUUCUCAAUGACCUUUACACCUGCUUUGAUUCCAUCAUAGGCCACUAUGAUGUCUACAAAGUGGAGACCAUAGGUGAUGCUUAUAUGGUGGUUUCCGGUUUACCCAUACGUAACGGCGAUUUACAUGCCGCUGAAAUUGCCUCCAUGUCCUUGCAUCUGCUGGAUGCAGUUUCAGAAUUCAAGAUACGUCAUCGUCCCCACAAUAAGUUACUGUUACGUAUAGGUAUCCAUACGGGCCCCGUAUGUGCUGGGGUGGUGGGCCUGAAAAUGCCUCGCUACUGUCUGUUCGGUGAUACCGUGAAUACAGCAUCCCGCAUGGAAUCUUCUGGCGUACCCCUGAAGAUCCAUUGUAGUUGGCAGUGUAAAGAGCUGUUGGAGCGCCUGGGUGGCUAUCAUUAUCAGGAACGUGGCAUGGUUAGCAUGAAAGGCAAGGGAGAUCAAAGAACCUAUUGGCUGUUGGGUGAGGAUGAAGAGGCUAAACAAAGACGUACCUAUGAGCGGUCACAACGCAGAGGCUCGAGGGCAUUGAAUAAAUAUAUACAGGGUACCAUUAAACAACAACAGCAGCAGCAGCAACAACAACAAAAUAAUAGCCUAUCCGUGGCCAAUGAUUUGGGUAUUCGUUCAUCGUUGAAAAAAAUGCCGAGGAAUUCAUUGACACGUUCCUCGAGUUUGGAAUCGCCAAAGAAACUAAGAUUUGCCACAGGUUCCCUACUGGAGCAUCAUCGCUAUCAUAGUGACGAAGCUCUCAUAGAAGUCGUUACAGACUCUUACACCGGUCUGCGUCGCUCGUCGGGAACCUCGUGUCAUUCGCGCUACGAAGAGUCUACACUAUCUUGCCAAAGCUGUGAUGAUUUGACCAAUCUACAACGCCAAAGACGUCCAUCAUCCUAUCCCAAUGCCAAUACGCCGCUCUUGCUGAACCACAAGGAAACUUGACAAACGAACUUCAAAAAAAUAUAAACAAUAAUUAAAAUAGAACAAGAAUUUAAAAUCAAAAUCCAAACUCCGAUUCAAUGUUACUACGGACGAAAACAAUAAUCUUUCUCUUGAUAUAUACCUAUUUGUUAACUCGACAAGUACUUACGUGUGUGUUUCGUUUUAGUUACUAAGAGUACCGUUUUAAAUAAUAGAGAUAUAUAAUGCUUAAGUCCAAACUUAUAAUUGUGUUCAUUUACAUAUGAAAUAUGUAAAGUUUUAUAAAAUAUUUAUCAAUAAUUCGAAUAUUGUACUUAAAAAUGUUUUUUAUUUGUUUUUUUUUUUUUUUAGAAAAAUCAAUUUGUGUUAAAUUAGUUGCUUAUUGUUUUUUUUGUUUUUAAUAUUAGGAACAUUUUUAUUUUUGUGUGUCUAGUCUCUUUUUAUAAAAAAAUAAUGUUUAAGCUUUUAUGUAUGGCAUAUUUUAGUUGUAUUUAUUUAUUUUUAAGUGAGCAUCUAGUAAAUUGAAUGUUAAAGAUUAAGAUAAAUUUUAUUAAAGCUUUUGUUUAUUUUCAAUAUUUUAUGCAUUUUAAAUGCUGUGUAAAAUCCAGGUUCCAGUUCUCUCAUUCGAUGUCGAAAUAAAUUCUAUCGAGAUAAAUUUCUGCAUGCUCAAAUGAUGUUCAAAAUUCGAUCUCUAGUCUACCGAAAUAUUCAAUUAACUGAAGCUAAAAUUGACAUAAUAAAAAUUUAUUUUGAUCGAAAAUUGUCGAUAUUGAAUGAGAGAACUUUUCCCCCCGAUGGUUACUAGCAGCGGCUUAUCACUCUGAUACUGAGUGACAGAUAAUUUUGCAAUAAUUAUUUAACUUUCCAUUGUAAACUUAUAUACUUACAACUGUAUUAUAUUAGAAGAAAUUUUUAGCUCGAGGAGCUCCGUAAACCUAUUAAAUAUUAAAAAUAAAUGUUGUUAAAAUAAA